AUUCCACCAUGUGAAUCGAACUGCUUUGUUUUUGACUAAAACAAUUGCUCUUGCACAAGUCAAUGAAGAAUUAAGGAUAAAACUGGAAGAGAAAAUGAACCACGAGAAGAAUCCAGCCUCUCUUCUGAGAUCAGUUAAAACAACAACAGCUUGUUGAAAGCAAAGCUCGCUUCCGGCUUAACCAAGAUGGCUGACCCUGUUAUCUCUCUUGUCAUUGGGAGAAUUGUUGAUCUGCUGAAUAAAAACUCUGUUUUUCUGAAAGAUGUUGAACGACAAGUUGAGAAACUCAAAGUUGAUCUGGUCUGGAUGCGGUGUUUCCUGAAGGAUGCAGAACAGAGGCAAGAUGAAGAUGCGAGGAUCCGCAACUGGGUUUCUUUAGUCAGAGCUGCGGCCUACGAUGCGGAGGAUGUCAUUGAGAUCUUUGCCAGCAAAGUUGAAAGUAUAAAAGAUAAGGGAUUUGUGACUAGAUUGGCAUAUUAUCCCUGGCGGAAUGUGAGCCUUAACAAGAUCGGUAAAGAGAUUGAGUCCUUACAGACAAGGCUCGAUGACAUAGCCGCUAGCCGCGAAAAGUUUGGUAUAAAAAAUCUUGGAGAGGGGACGAGUACACAUGGAGAAGAGCUUCAACGGAUCCGGCGAUCGGUUGAGGACAAGGAUAUAGUGGGCUUCGAGGAGAAAACAAAAUCCCUGGUGGCAGAACUUUUGAAAGAGGACAAAAACCGCCGUCUGGUUUCAAUCGUCGGCAUGGGAGGUGCUGGUAAGACAACUCUAGCCAAAAAAGUUUAUAACCAUGCUGAUGUCAGGACAAGAUUCGAUUGCCGUGCUUGGGUCUGCGUCUCUUCAAGCUACAAUCACAAAGAGACGCUGAGGACAAUCAUAAAGCAAUUAAAUCCGAUAACUAAUGAGCUACUUGACAUGUUGGAAAAGAUGCAGGAGCAGGACUUGGAAGAAAGGCUCCGUCAAGAUCUACAAGACAAGCGUUAUCUUGUGGUGCUUGAUGAUGUAUGGAAGGAAGAAGCGUGGGAUUGUCUUGCUGGGGCCUUUCCUGAUGUUAAUGCAUCAAGUAGACUGCUACUUACAAGUCGCAAUCGGGAGGUUGCCCAACACGCAGAUGCUCUUAGCCACCCGUGUGAGUUGAAAACUCUGGGGGAGGAAGACAGCUGGCAGUUGUUUCUCAAAAUGGCCUUAGGCCAUGGAGCUAAUGCUGGGUGUCCUCCGGAUUUGGAAGAAGUAGGCAGAGAGAUUACAAGAAGAUGUGAUGGUCUGCCGCUGGCCAUCACGGUUAUAGGUGGGCUGCUAGUGGCAAAGAAAAAGUUGAAGAGUGAAUGGGAGAAAGUUCUCAACAACUUCAGCACAUACCUGUCAAGGAGCCAGAGUUUCUGUUUCAUUAAUGUGCCUCUUAAGAUUGAAGGAUUGAGGAAUCUCCAGACUCUGUCCCGCAUACGCUUUGAUGACAUUAUGCACAAUAAGAUGAUAACUCUGACAAGUCUUCAGAAACUGGGGAUUUGGGUGGAUGAAAGGUCAGACAUAGACAAACUCUGCAUGCAUUUAUCUGAGGUUGGAAGCCUAAAGACGCUACAUCUUUAUUAUUAUGAUGGUAGCGACUGGCCAGCUCUAGGUGGACUUUCUAAGCUCCAUCAUGUAACAGAGCUCAAGCUAUCCGGGAGGGCUUUGAGAAUGCUGCCUCCUGAUUUCCCUCCAAAUCUCUCUCGCUUGUCUUUGGAGUUAAGAUUACUCGAGGAUGACCCAAUGCCAGUGCUAGAGAAGUUGGGACAGCUGUCGUUCCUCAAAAUAACGGGUUAUGGAUAUUUGGGACGACAGCUGGCCAUUUCUAGGCAUGGGUUUCACCAAUUGAAAUUCCUUGAGCUCAGUGACCUAAACUUGGGUGAAAUAAAGGUGGAGAAAGGUGCAUUGCCACAGCUCCAGUGCCUGAGAAUCAGGUACUGCUUUAAAUUAAAGAAGUUGCCGGAAGAGCUGAAGCACAUAUCUACUCUCGAUACGCUUGAGCUUGUGGGCAUGCGAGAAGAUUUCAUCAGUGGGCUUGAUGCGGACCUGGUAUCCAGUGUCCCUAACCUCAGAAUAUUUUGA